AUGAGACUACAAGUAAAGAAGUGGAAUCUUUCUAAUCAUUCAGACUAUGAAAAGCAAUGUGGUCAAUAUUGCUAUAAAAUUGUUAAGACGCUGCUCAAUUUCUUAAAGUUUUUAAAAAAUGAAAAUGAUAACUUUAAUAGCAUAAUUGAAGGCAAAGAUCGACAAAUUGCAGAGCUUCAAGCAAAAUUAACAAGUCUAUACUCAAAUGAACACAAGCCAAAUGAAUUUGAUAGCUUAAGAAAGCUAAUUACUGAAUCGAAUACUGCCGUCAUCAACGAGCUAAGAUCACAAUUUCUCGAUUUUCAUAAUAAUGGAGAGAUAAAGCCACCAUAUGACUCUCUAAAAAGGUGUCAAAAUGAAUCGACUGAAUAUAAUACUAAAGUAAAUGAAUCUAAAGGUGGAGAAACUUAUAUUGAAAGUCCAUACCCCAAUAGUUGUGUUCCAUUUGGAAAUUCUUCUAAACAGUACAAAAUUAAUGUUGCUGGUGCCGGCUCAUUCCACGUGCUAUGUGAUGCCCACACAGCGGGUCCUGGUUGGAUUACCAUACUACGAAGAGCAGAUGGCAAGGUUGAUUUUGAUAGAGACUGGAAUGCUUAUCGCAACGGUUUCGGAUCAUUAAAUGGAGAUUUUUUCAUAGGCUUGGAAAAGCUUCAUUAUAUUACAAAAAGUCAGCCCUAUGAGCUAUAUGUGCAUUUAAAACAAUUAAACGGUCAGACUAUUCAUGCAAGAUAUGGCGAAUUCGCUAUUUCCAACGAAAAAGAAAAAUAUAAUCUUAUAAAACUGGACUUAUAUAGUGGAACAGCUGGGGAUUACCUAAAAACUAGCAAGCACACAGGUUUCUCAACAAAAAACAAAGUAAAUAUUCAAUACGCCAAGAAGUUUAAUGGUGGUUGGUGGUUUAAUGACUACACAAAGAGUAAUUUGAAUGGAAAAUACGUAGCUGACAAUAAUCUAGUAGGUAUGUUUUGGGGAGACUUAAAGAUACUCAAUCUUGUGAAAAUGUUAAUUCGUCCCAAGGUAUAAUACUCAGGAUAAUUUACAAAUUA